CCGGUAACAUCAAGACUUCAACGCGAACUGACUAUCCACCACCUCGUCGCGCGCGAGUCACUUCAACUUCAACCUGCAAGACCCCCAACAACUUCAUUAGUGUGUCAUUUCUACAUUGGAUAUGCCGUACGAAGCCGUGGUAAGUCCCAAAUUGGUGGGCUCGUUGCCUCGACCGACUCUGCGAACGACAUGGCUCGGCGCGGCUACAUUUGGCUGGGCGUCCCCGCUGCUAUCGCUUGGCAACCGUCGGCAAUUGUCCGCCGCGGAUAUGUCGAUGCUGCCACCACCGUCAGCUACCGUGGCGGCCCUCACGUCCUCGUUUGCGUCCACCUACUCCCAGCAUGGCGCCAGCCUUGUCCGCGCGUAUGUGGCCACAUAUUGGCCGCGUCUCGUGUGUAUUGCCGGAAUGCAACUGACGGCGGCGGCGUGCGACUUGUAUGGACCUGGCUACGUGUUGCACCAAGUGGUCACUUCGGUGCAGACGACAACGUCGACUGGCUUUGACGGGUCGUCGACGUUGUGGCUCGUGCUGUCGUUGUUUGGGUUGCAAAUCACCAGUGCGUUUGUGAAAGCGCACCUGCGAUACCACAUUGAACUGACGGGGAUUCAAUUCUCGGCCAGUGUUCGAACACUGCUCUUCGAGUCCGUGCUGCAUCCAAACGACCCAAGCCGUCAACAAACGAAAUCCAACGCUGCUGACGUGGCCAACCUCUUUGCCGUCGACUUGCUGCAGCUCAUGAAACUCACGACGAGCCUCACCAUGAUGUGGAUCACGCCGGUCCAAAUCACCGUCGUGGUCGUGCUGUUGCAUCAAUUGGUCGGGUGGGCCAUCUUUGUGGGCGUGGGGGUGAUUGUCCUCAUUUUGGUCACCACGUCGUGCCUCGCCGCGAGUUUCCGAGGCUACCAACGGAAUUUGCUGCAGCGAAAAGACGCGCGCAUGCAGAUUGUCCACGAUUUGUUUGGCUCGAUUGCCAUGGUGAAGUUGAACGCGUGGGAGGAGCAGUUUCUGGCUAAAGUGACGACGCUGCGUCACCUCGAGUUGGUUGCUGUGUGGAAGUUCCUUCGGACGUUUUGGCUCCUGGCCACGUGCAUGCUCACGACCCCCGUGGUGGUCACCGUGUCCAUCUUUGCCGCGUACACUUUGUGGCUCCAGAAGUUGCUCACAGUCGCCACAGUGUUUGCCACGUUGGCCCUGUUUCGCUCGUUGCAAGACGCUCUGAUUCAACUGCCGGCGGGGCUCACGGGGCUCAUCCAAUGCAUGGUGUCGAUUUCCAGAAUCCAACGUGAGAUUCGCUUGCACGCGACCACCGUGAUUCACGACGACUAUUCAUCCCCUGAUGACGACGACACCGUUCGUGACAACGGGGACAACGCGGUGACGAUAGCUCAAGGCACGUUUGCUUGGGAUCAGGGUGACGACGUUGAACCAGUGCUAACUGACGUGAAUGUUGUCCUCCCACGUGGCACGUUCACAGUGAUUUGUGGUGCGGUGGGCCAAGGUAAGUCGACGUUGUGCGCUGCCCUCUUGGGCGAGCUAACCACCUCGCAAGGCCACGUGAGCCUCGGCUACGGUACCGUGGGGUACGUCGCCCAACGCCCUUGGAUCCAAGCCGCGACUCUUCGCGACAACGUUCUAUUUGGUGCCCCGUUCGACCGCGUGCGAUACCACCAAGUACUGCACGCGUGCGGGUUAACCGCGGACGUCGCUGCGUUUCCGGCCGGCGACCGCACGGAAAUUGGACCGAAAGGCGUCAACCUCUCGGGCGGCCAGCAAGCGAGGGUGAGUCUCGCGAGGGCGUGCUAUGCGAAUCCGGACAUGUACAUCCUCGACGCGCCAUUGGCUGCUGUGGACGCGACCGUGGCCAAUCAUAUCUUUCGGCACUGUUUCCUCUCGUACAUGCGACACAAGACAGUUGUGUUGGUGACGCAUCACCCUGACAUCUUGGCGUCGACACAUGUCGACCGCGUCUUGCAAGUGCAAAACACCAACGUCGUCGACAUUACUCCAGCCAAACCAACUGAAGAUGCAGCACACAUGGAAGAGAAAAUUCCAGUGCUUUCCAACCCCAAGGAUGACACAUUUGAAGGCGAAGAUGCAUUUGAACCUGAAGGAGAGCUCGUCGUAGCUGGGGACGUGGCGGUGGCGGUGGAAGGUCGAGCGACGGGCCAAGUGUCCAAAGCAGUGAUCCAUGCAUAUAUUCAAGCGAUUGGAGGCUACAGCGUGCUGGUGGUGUUGUUCGUCCUGACGGUAGCUGUGGAAGCCGUGCGUGUGGUCAGUGACCUAUGGUUGUCCCAUUGGAGUAGCACCACACCCAUCUCCGUCGCCAUGCCAUCCAACUCGUCGAUCGCUUCAGCCACGUUGGUGACUUCGACCACCAAAUUAGGCGUUUACGGCCUCUUGAUCUUUACGCUGUGUGUGUGUACGAUGGUGCAGCUGUUUGCAGUGUUUGUGUUCACCCUUCGCGGUUCCAAGCGGCUGUUUGGAGAGAUGAUGCAAGGCCUCUUGACCGCCCCCGUCAGUUUUUUCGAUGCAAAUCCCAUCGGUCGACUACUGAACCGUUUGGGCGAUGACGUGCUGCAGACGGAUUUGUCUUUGCCCGUGGCGUUGGCCCCCACCCUUUGUGAGACGGCAAUGGCCCUAAGCAAGAUCGGCACGGCCGUUGUCAUCACGCAGUGGAUGGGGUUGCUGGUUUUGCCGCUCUUGUUCGUGUACGUCAAGCUCGGGGGAUACUUCCUCGCUCCCCUUCGAGAGCUCAACCGAUUGCAAAAGACGGCUCGGUCGCCGCUACUGACGGCCGUCAGCGACGGACUGGACGGUGCCGCAACGAUUCGAGCGUUCCGUGGCCAGCGGACUCGGGUUUUACGCCAGCAUGUGGCCCUUGUGGACGAGUUUUGCGCGACGCAAGUGGCCACGGCCGCCGUGAACCAGUGGUUUGCCCUGCGCGUGGAAUUGCUCAGCAACGGCAUCGUGCUGGCGCUGUUGAUUGGCGUGGUGGUUCUGCACGAUUCCAUCAGUCCGGGGCUGGUGGGGCUCGUGGUCGCGUACGGGUUGAGUGUGCCGGCAACGCUAGCGAGUCUGGUGACGUUCUGGGCGCAGCUUGAAGUGGCCAUGAUUGCACCAGAGCGAUUGCUUGAGUACAUCCAUUUGGAUAAGGAAGGCGCCCGACAUGAACCGGGCGAUACGACGCGUGGUGCCGAGUGGCCGGCUCAAGGGCACAUUGCAUUUGAAAACGUGAGCUUCCAAUACAGCGCGUCCGGACCUCUCGUUCUUUGCCACGUGUCGUUUCAAAUCCAAAGCGGUGAAAACGUCGGCGUGGUGGGCCGCACAGGCGCUGGCAAGUCGAGUUUGGUGCAGACGCUGUUCCGUAUGUACCCGUUGACCGACGGCCGCAUUGUGAUUGAUGGCGUGGACAUUGCUACUGUGGGCCUACGCCACUUGCGCAGUCGCAUGGCCAUUGUGCCGCAGAAUCCAGUGCUGUUCCGCGGCACGAUUCGGCACUACUUGGACCCGACGGAUGCGUUUGCUGACGACGCGCCGCUGUGGCGGGCCUUGUCGCAAGUCGAGCUGAUGGACCGUGUCGCACACGAUGAGAAAAAACUACACAGCGAAGUGGCCGAGCUCGGCAAUAACUUUAGCGCUGGCGAGCGCCAGUUGCUAUGUCUGGCACGAGCGCUGCUUCGACAAGCCAAAGUGGUCGUGCUGGACGAAGCCACCGCAGCCAUUGACCACGACACAGACACGCGGCUCCAACGAGUGGUCCGCGACGAGUUUUCAAAGUCCACCGUGCUUUCGAUCGCCCAUCGACUCGACACAGUAUUGGAUUACGACCGCAUCCUCGUGCUAGAUCAAGGACAAGUUGUCCAGUUGGACACCCCCGCAGCGUUGUUGGCGCAACGUGGAGGCAUCUUUUUUGAUUUGGUUGCGGAUGGUGGGUACUUGGUUGGUGGACAAGACGGCGACCACGGUACAUGCAAGUACAUACUUGAAGAAGUAGUACCUCAGUAA